CUUCAACUAGGACUUGAAAGCCAUCCUGGGCAAAGUCUGCCGCUGGUCGUGGUCAGAACGGUCUUCCCGGAGUCUAGCUCAAGUCUCUCCUGCUGCAGCUUCAGUGCAGGCUGAGGAGGUCUGAAAGGAGGGGGCGGGCAGGAAGAGGCUGGAGUCACCCCCUCCUUCCUACGCUGCGGUAUGUAAAGCGCAGUAGGGGGGAGGUGGGGCCCGCGAGCGACCCCAGCGGACCCGGGCGGUCGGAGCUCCUUUACUACCCUCCCUCCUUUACUACGGUGCACCCACGUGCGGGGGUGAGGUCGAUCCCGGGCUGGACUUACCCUGGAGACGCCACUGCCGGGGGCCCGCACACCUCCCGAGGCCCGGGAUCUGAGGGCUGGCGAAGAGGGUGCAGGCGGCCGGAGCCCCGCAGCGGAGGAUGCGCCAGAGCGCCCAGACGACGGCAAGAUGACCGCCGGGAGCCCCGGAGACUUCGGAGAGGUGCGGAGGAGCCCCGAGGGCCGCGUCUCCCGCCUGGGCCGCCGCCUGGGCCGCCGCCGGCGCCCGCGCUCCCCGCCGGAGCCUCUGCGGGUGCGGGCACGGCUGCGGCUGCGCUCGCCGUCGGGGGCGUUUGCGGCGCUGGGGGCGCUCGUGGUGCUGGUGGGCAUGGGUAUCGCCGUAGCCGGCUACUGGCCUCACCGCGCCGGGGCGCCAGGGCCACGCGCUGCCAAUGCCAGCGCGCCCCCCCUGAGCGAGCUGCGACGCGAGGGUCGUGGCGCCGGCCGGGGCCACGGCCCGCACGAGCGGCUGCGGCUCCUUGGGCCGGUGGUCAUGGGCGUCGGCCUGUUCGUGUUCAUCUGCGCCAACACGCUGCUCUAUGAGAACCGAGACCUGGAGACGCGACGGCUUCGCCAGGGGGUGCUGCGGGCUCAGGCGCUCCGGCCGCCUGACGGCCCUGGCUGGGAUUGCGCUCUCCUUCCCAGCCCCGGACCCAGGACUCCCAGAGCCAUAGGUUGCACAGAGCCAGAAAGUUGGGACCUGUCCCCGCGCCGGGGUACCUCACCCGUUCCAUCAGUGCGGAGUCUGCGUUCAGAGCCUGCGAAUCCUCGCUUGGGGUUACCUGCCCUGCUCAACAGUUACCCGCUGAAGGGCCCGGGGCUGCCCCCACCCUGGGGUCCACGGACCCAGACUGGCCAUGUAAUUAUCACCGUGCAGCCCUCUGGUUCCUGCAUCGAACAUUCCAAGUCUCUGGAUCUGGGCCUUGGGGAGCUUCUGCUUGGGGCCCCAGCGCCUCGAGACUGUGCUCACGGGAGCUGGCCCCGGCUGGACCGCCUCAGCCUGGGAGGUUAUGCCAAGUUGGAAGGAGGAGGGGACUUGGGAGCCCGGGUUUGAAGAGCAGAGGACAGCCUGCUAUGAGGCUGCCGCAUGGACCGUGGUAACAGGACCAGAAGUCCCAACGUCUAGUAGAUGCAUCAGUCACUUCCCAGACUGGAGAUGGAUGCUCUGGCCCCAGCAGCUGCUAAGGCAUCCUGACUUGCAUGUCGGCAGAGAAAUGCCAACUGCACAAGGAAGGGUUCAAUCAGCUGGAGAGAAUGUGUUUUCACGUGGAGUCUGGAGGCCAGCAUGACUUGGCCUCGGGAAUUCUUUAAGCCUCCAAAAGUGGCCUUAGCCUUGGACAGGUACCUAAAGGGGCUGGAGGUCCAGGCUGGGGUGAUUGGGAGAUGCCACUGGUGUCUCGGCAGACCCAGAGUGGUGGGCAAGGACCCCUAAGACUUGGAAGGUAGGUUGGUUGGCAUGUGACAGGGCUGGGCCAGGCUCCCUCCACAGUGGCAUCGGUUGCAGGGUCGGGGGAGAUGGGCAAUGAAGUAGAUUUGAGACCCUCCACUGCCAUCUGGGAUGGGGACUGAGACUUUAACUCCCACCACCUCAGCCCCUCCGUCCCCUCAGUCAUGCAGGGUACACCCCACUAGGGCUACAUUACUGCCAAAGCCUUCCUCCUGAGGGUCCGGCCCCUUCCUCAACAGGUCUGAGAAGUCCCCUUCUCUCCUUUGUCGUGGCCUGUGCAAAAUUUCCCCCGGCUGGCAAAAAGCAUCCGCCAGUUCUACUUUUCUACAACGUCAAAGCUGCAUCUGGGCCAUUGUGGGUAGCUUACUUUAGAAAAGGUUCUUUUCUAGGGUCAAAAAUUUGGGUCUCCCUUACCCAUGUUGAAUUUUCCCCAGAUUGCUGGUAGGAGAAAACGACUUUAAAGGUUGAUCAACUCUCACAGAUUCAGUACUGGGUUUGUUUUUUGUUUUGUUUUGUUUUUUUUCUUUGUUUAUUGAAAAAUGCAAUACAAGAAGCAAGACCAAACACGUAUCUAAACACUACACCACUUUUCUUACUACGAAAGGCCAAAACAGCAGACUAAUUAUUGCCUUUUUAAUCUAAGGAUUUUGCCAAUUUGAUUCUGCUGCCAUAGUUCCUAUUUUGUCAAGAAAUGUAAACAACUACUUGUUAUGAUUCAUGAUUUUAAAAAAAUUUACAAAGCUCCUUCAUUUUUGUCACCAAAAUAAUACAUUUGAGAGAGAUUUGUAAAAACCACCAGCCUGGGGCUGACAUCCUGGGCAGAUCUUUCCAACGAGCAUUCCUUGAUGUUGGUCAGGCCGAAGCUCUGGUUCCACUUCCCAGGGCAGACCGGGGUCCCUCCCCCUAGGCUGCCAUAAAGAGCCGCAAUUGGUGAGGGGGCCUGGGUGGGCAGGUGAAGAGGCCCCGAGAGGUCCCUGCAGCCAGGUUCUGUGGGCCCUUGGCUUAGAAAUUCAGGUCCUGCUUGGUGGGUGGGUGGGUAGGUGGGUGGCAGAGACCUCAUGUGGCUUGGAGGAAGUCUUUACUUCUCAAGUGGAAUAAAAAUAAAAUUGCAGUGAGAGUUGU